CUAAAAGGGUCCAGAUUUAAUUCUGCCUCUAAUCUCUGCAACAGCCGCGCUGCUGCCCAGAGCAGCUCAAGGCUGGGCUCAGCCUGGCCAAGGGGCUUGGGUUUCUUUCAAUCAUUGUUACUAUUAUUUCAUAUCUAUCCAUCUCUAUUGCAACAGCCCUGGCCAAAAACCAUGUCCCCGGCUCCUUCGCAAUGGAAACCCUAGAGAGGAAGAAAAGUGGCAUCAGAAGAAGGAGGCUGGCGGUGUGAGCCAGGAAAGGUGCCCGAAAAUGAAGACUCUGGUGCGACAUGGGCUGGCAGUGUCUUUUGCGCUCACCACCAUGUGCACUAGCUUGUUGCUCUUGUACAGCAGCAUCGGAGGAGGAGGAAGAGCAGAAGGGGAAGGAGAAGGAGGAGGCCAGAAAGAGCAAAGCCAGCAGCAACAGCAGCAGGUGGCAGUGACAGCCAGCCAGAAGCCUGCAAGCCAGCCGCAGCUGAGCAGCCGCAGCCAGCAAGGUCUACCUGGGCUCUCUGACCGGCCCUUGGAAGGAUACAUCAGUGUCCUGGACCACAAGCCUUUGAAAAUGCAUUGUGCACGUUGUGCCCUAGUAACAAGCUCUGGACACCUUUUGCGAAGCCAACAAGGCAAUAAAAUCGACCAGACAGAGUGCGUAAUUCGAAUGAAUGAUGCACCCACACGAGGUUUUGGAAAAGAUGUUGGAAACAAGACAAGUCUGCGAGUCAUAGCUCACUCCAGUAUCCAGAGAAUUUUGAGAAAUCGCAAUGAACUUUUAAAUAUGAGCCAAGGGACUGUAUUUAUAUUCUGGGGUCCCAGCAUCUACAUGCGAAGAGAUGGCAAAGGAUUAAUUUAUAAUAAUUUGCAACUGAUGAACCAGAUACUACCUCAGUUGAAAGUGUACUUGAUAUCACGGCACAAGAUGCUUCAGUUUGAUGAUCUUUUCAAACGGGAAACUGGAAAAGACAGGAAGAUCUCCAACACUUGGCUUAGCACCGGAUGGUUCACAAUGAGUAUUGCAUUAGAACUCUGUGACAGGAUAGACGUCUAUGGAAUGGUACCACCAGAUUUCUGCAGGGAUCCUAAGCAUCCUUCAGUACCUUAUCAUUAUUAUGAACCUUUGGGACCUGAUGAAUGUACGAUGUACCUUUCACAUGAACGGGGAAGAAAGGGCAGCCACCAUCGUUUUAUCACAGAGAAACGAGUAUUUGAGAACUGGGCCCGGACAUUCAAUAUUCAUUUUUUUCAGCCAGACUGGAAACCAGAAUCGCUUCCUCUGAAUCAUGCUAAGAUUAAACUGAUAUUCUGAGGAAUGAUUGCACAAGGCUGUAACCACAAUCACCUACUGUAGCAGGCUUCAGAGGAUUGAACCCCAUAUCGCAGCACGCCAACCUAAAGAAGAGAGGUUAACAGGGUUUGGAGAUGAAAAUUGCUACAAUAUUCAGGAAGUUAUUGCAAAGAAAUACCUUAAAAGGGCACCUGGUAUCCAAUUGUAUCUAAAGCAAAUAUUUUAACUUCUGUCUAUUGUACACAUAUAUAUGUAUGUGAUUUUGUUAAGAAGAUGAAAACAAUGAAGAAACCUAUGGUAUUAUGAGCAUAGUUCCAAGAGAUUUUAAUUCAUCGUGUUUUUAAGGCACGUUGCCACUGGGUUUUCAUAGUGACAUUUAACAGUUCCUUACUUAGUGAAGGUUUUUAAUGCAAUCCAGUAUUUUUCUAUUUCACAAUGAUAUGGUUAUUUAUCUUUCAUAAUCCCUCCAAAACUGAGGAUUUAUAUUGCUGCUGGUUUAAGGCUCAGCUUCUUAUUUAUACAUUUUUCUCUUUGAAAUAUAGGAUGAUUCUAUCUAGCAUGUAAUUAAUAUUUGAUCUGGAAGUGAUGUAUUUUAUUUUUUUACUUUUUAUUGUUGGGCUCUGUUCCAGCAUCAAGCCAUUUGACAGCAAGCACAUCCUUACGUGAUGCUGUAGCAGAGAAUGAUGACCACAACUGUAGUCUGUGGCAUCAGGUAACAGAAAUAUGGAGAAGUUUCCGUAUCCCAAUGGUUUUUAGUCUUUUGGUAUUCAGAGUAACUGAUAAGGGCUGCGCAUUCUGGCCUUGAGCUGGCCAGGCAGCCCUUGGUUCACCUCAUCAAAAUGUGCCCUAGGCAAGUCAGACUUUCUGUGAGUUGCAAGGUUGUUUUUGAUGUGUUGCUUUGCACAUGCUGUCUGCACAGUUGUUGGUUCACCAGUUUUAGAUUUCAAAAGAUUAGGCUGCAAUCCUAUACAUACUUAUAUGGCAAUUUCCCAAAAUGUUAGUUUGUUGCGGCAAAAAGAAUCGAGUCCUGUGGCACCUUAAGAGACUAACAAAUUUAUUGAAGCAUUACAUGAUAGUACAUGCCAUUGAACUAAGUGGCAGUUUACCCCAUGUAGAAAUGCAUGGGACUGCACAGUUUAAAGGUGAAUAUAUGAGGAUGAGGCACAUGGAUCUGCCUUGGGAAGAUGGGGUUCAGUUCAUCUUUAUUACAGUCAUAGACCAGCACAAUGGAGAUGGAGUCAAAUAGCAAUGAAACUAAGGAAGUCUUGACUGCUGCCGUUUCUGGGGAUGGCAGAGUCCAGUCGCAUGUAAAUACAGGGUUUAUGUAUAAUUAAGUCACAGUUGAAAACAAGCAGGCAAAUGCAAAAGCAGUUUCUGUCCCACAGAUCAACAAUGUGUGUGUUGUGAAUUGUAGGAAGAAGACUAAAAGGCCAAGACUGAGUGUUCUGUUCUCAAAUCCAACAAAUCAUAUGGCUCUAACGUUGGUUCUGACCAUAAAAUGUGCCAGUUUCUUUGAGAUGCACUGAGGAUAUCUAGUUCUUGCCAAGUUGACUGAAUGGCACUAAUAGUUCUGUAUAUGGGUAGUUGCACAUUAUGUUUUUUGUGGGAUUAUACCUGGCUUGUGAAUAAAGAGGAUUUCAUUUGCA